UGAAGUGAUUUCUGGAAUAUUUUUUUCUCUUGAAUGAGAAUAUUCAGAGGACCCUAAUACUCAAAAUUGCAAUGGCAAAAAGUAAAAAAUUCAUUUUUUUUCUUCUUUAUUUAACAAAGAGCUGGAUCUGUUUCAGGUUCAGCUGUAAUCUGUGAUGUGGGGAAAGAAAAACUAAGAAGUUCAUAAAAUUAAAGAUGGAACCAAGAAGGAAUAUGACAGCAGCUCAUACACCACAGUAAAAUGGUGUUUGUGAAAGAAUAAAUCGUACUAUCCUAGACAUGGUGCAAAGCUUAAUGACAUGGAAUGUUAAAUGAAUUUUGGCUAGAAGCAAUUAAUUGGAGUAUUCAAUGUUCUAAAUAGUUCUACUACGAUGCUUAUGCUCUAUUUUUCAUCUUCCUCUCGGUUCUCUCCAUUUCUUUGUUUUAAAAAACCCAACAUGGUAUCAGAGCCCUAUUGAUCUUUGAGGGACUGUGAGAGAGUUAAUCGAAGCAUAACCAAAACCCACCUCUCUAAAUGGAUUCCAGUAGGUAUCCAGAUGGUGAUUUCUUGAUACUUUUGCUUUAUGUGGAUGACAUGUUGAUUGUUGGUCAUGACACAAAGAAAAUUGCAGCCUUGAAGACUGACUUGAGCAAGUCCUUUUCUAUGAAGGAUUUGGGUCCAGCAAAGCAAAUUCUCGGAAUGAAAAUUUUUCAAGAUAGAAAGAACAAGAAGUUGUGGUUGUCACAAGAAAAAUAUAUUGAAAAGGUGCUUAAUAAGUUCAACAUGAGCAAAGCAAAACCUGCGGGCACUCCACUUGCUAGCCAUUUCAAACUUAGCACAGAGCAGUGUCCUGCAAGCAAGGAGGAAGCAGAAUACAUGAAGAAUGUGCCCUAUGCUUCUGCAGUUGGUAGUCUAAUGUAUGCUAUGGUAUGCACAAGGCCAGAUAUAGCUCACGCAGUGGGGGUAGUGAGCAGAUUUUUAUCCAAUCCUGGCAAGCAACAUUGGGCAGCAGUUAAGUGGAUUUUCAGGUAUCUUAGAGGGGGAGCAAUUUCAUGGAAGUCAAAACUACAGAAAAGUGUUUCAUUAUCCACUACAGAAGCUGAGUAUGUAGCUCUUUCUGAAGCAGGAAAGGAGAUUGUAUGGAUGAAGACGUUUUUUGAAGAAUUGGGUCUUAAGCAAGAGAGAUUUGUGCUGUUUUGUGAUAAUCAAAGUGCAAUUUACUUGAGCAAGAACCCACAGUUCCAUUCCAGAACCAAGCAUGUUGAUUUGAGGUAUCAUUGGAUACGUGAUGCAAUUGAAGAAAAGGUGCUUGAUGUUGAGAAAGUUCACACAGAUGACAACAGCUCUGAUACCAUGUUGGGUUUUUUAAAACAAAGAAAUGGAGAGCAUUUCGGGAGGAAGAUGAUGAAAAACAGAAGCUGAAAUGGAGUUGGAGUCAUAUACUCCUCUCCAUUUCAGCUUCUGUUUUUCAUCAUCUUCCUCCCGAAAUGCUCUCCAUUUCUUUGUUUUAAAAAACCCAACAUGUUUGGUAUAUAGUGAUUUCAAAUUAACAAUUAGUUGUUUU